AUGCGGUCUCCGGCGGUGCUCGUCACCUCCAGACACAUUCAGAAUGUGCACACAGGCCUGGACCUGACUGUACCCCAGCACCAGGAGGUGCGGGGCAAGAUGAUGUCAGGCCAUGUGGAGUACCAGAUCCUGGUGGUGACCCAGCUGGCCACGUUCAAGUCAGCCAAGCACAAGCCCGAGGAUGUCGUCCAGUUCUUGGUCUCUAAAAAGUACAGCGAGAUUGAGGAAUUUUACCAGAAACUGAGCAGCCGUUACUCCAUGGCCAGCCUCCCCCCGCUGCCCAGGAAGGUCCUGUUUGUUGGGGAGUCUGACAUCCAGGAAAGGAGAGCUGUGUUCGAUGAGAUUCUGCGCUGUGUCUCCAAGAAUGCCGAGUUGGCAGGCAGUCCAGAGCUGCUGGAAUUCCUAGGUACCAAGUCCCCAGGGGCUGUGGAUCUCCCCAACAGAGAAGCCUCUGUUGUAGAUGCGGACAGCCAGGCAGGGGACGAUGAGGAGGCUUUUGAUUUCUUCGGGCAGCAGGAUGGAAUGGCGGGAGAGGGUCUGCCAAUGCUGGGCCCAAUGAGCAAGGAUGCCAGGAAUCCCUUGAAAGAGGAAGAGGAGGAGGAGGAGGAGGUGGCAUUGGACCCUCUGGGAAUCAUGCGCUCCAAGAAACCCAAGAAACACCUUAGAGAGGCCACCAAACCGAAGCCCGCACCCCGGCUCACCAUCUUUGAUGAGGAGGUGGACCCUGAUGAGGGACUCUUUGGCCUCAGCAGGAAGCUUUCCACCAACAGUCCCAUGGAGGACGUGUCCCCCAAAGACCCCCUGAAGCUGUUUGAUGAUCCUGACCUUGGCGGGGCCGUGCCCCUGGGUGAUCCCUUACUGCUGCCAGCUGCCCAUGAGCAUGGAAGGCCCACAUCCAGCCUGGGCCUCAGGGAAGCCUCCAAGGAGCUGUUCAGAAUUGAAGACGACUUGGACCAGAUCCUGAACCUUGGUGCUGAACCCAAACCCAAGCCUCUGCCUAAACCCAAGCCACCAGUCGCAGCUAAGCCAGCAUUACCCAGAAAACCAGCCAUUCCCCCCAAAGCGGAUCCAUCUGAAGCUGUGGUCGGGCAGCAGAAGCAGCAACAGCAGCAGCAGAUCCAAGCCAUGGACGAGCUGGACAUCUUGCGGUACAUCCAGGACCAGGAUGUACCUGGCCAGGCCACCCCCAGUCUCUUUUGA